GAUAUUGAAUCUGCAGUGUAUCCGAGACACAAGGCAAACACUUCUCCCUCUGUGAAGCUGAUACCAAUCUACAGAUCAUUCACUGAGGAGGGGGACAUUACUGACUGGACAGCAGCAGAGAUGACAUCCACCUGGUGGCUGCUGCUCCUAGGAGCUGCAUUAUCGCAAAUGGUGGGUACACAAGAGCAGUCGCUGCCAGACGAGGAGGAAACGCAGACAGAAGACAGUGUGGACCUAAAUGAAAUGCUUCAGAAGGCCCAAGGAAUCCUGCUUAGAAGCAUCCUCCGGAGGAUGGAUGAGGAAGAACAGAACGACAAAGACUCAGAACCUUCUGCUCUUGAAUGGAUAUCCAAGCGCCAACACCCAGGAAAAAGAUAUCUGGAAGAGAUGGAUAAGAGACAACACCCCGGUAAGAGGGAGGAAGGAGAUUGGUAUCUGGAUCUCCCCAAGAGGCAGCACCCGGGAAGGAGAUCCACCCUGGGAAACCAAUAUCUAGAUAAUUCUCCUUUGGGGCUUCUGACUGAGGUUUCCAAGAGGCAACAUCCAGGCAAAAGGAACCCAUCCUACACCAAACGUCAACACCCAGGCAAGAGAGUAUGGGAGGAGGAAGAGGAUAUAGAGCUUAUAGACCCACAAGAUGUGGAGAAGCGUCAACACCCAGGCAAACGAUACAUGGAAUCAGAAAACAUUGACUAUAUUCCUCCAUGUGAAGGGCCAGACCCAUUCAACUGCAGCAAGGGAAGCCUUCUACUGGAGCUCCUAGACAAUGUAAAUAGAGGGCGGAUGGAGGAGAAGAGACAACAUCCUGGGAGAAGGGCAGUAUGGGAAGGAGAGGUUCCUUUAGCUCAAGAAUGAAUACCCUACCUCUCCAAAAUCAUUAAAUCAUAAGUAGCACCUCUACCGACUUCCCUCCCCUCCCCUCCUGGACAACAUCAUUAUAAAACCCAUGUCUUUUGCAGGUGUCCCAGUACAGCACAUCCUUAAUUUGUAGAUUACAGAACACACCCAGUCGGGAAGUAAGUGUGUCUAUUAGAGGGAGGACCCGACACCUUUACUUAACACUAAAAAAUCACAUAAUAAAACUACUGGUUUUCUAACCUGUUUAUUCACUAAAUAGGGAGCUGGGAUGAACUGACAAUCAAAUUGCCAAAUUUUGGCUAAAUUAGCCAAGUUUGAAAAAUUCUCCAAUUCAUCUGUUAUUCCAACUCAGCCAUUCUGACUUACAUUUCGCAAUCUGGUUUGUCACUGGAGAUCAUUCAUAGUCUCUAGGCAAUAAAUCCAUCAUUCUUUAAUUGCUUACAAUAAAUUCAAUGUAUUUUAUAACAUACCUGAGUCGUCCCUAAUUAGUUCAGAAGGCGUGAUACAGUAGCUAUAUUUUUAUUUUCACCUAGGUUAUCAUUGUAAUAAAUCAUUUUUUGUUAGAUUAGGGUAAUAUUGAUCUAGACAGGGUAAAUGUCUGCCAUGAGUAUUGGGACCAUGCUUAAAAAGAAAACAACAACUAACAACGAAUCAGUAUUUUUAAUACAUUAUAUAAAUACAUACAAUAUAAUUAUACAUAAAUAAAGAAAAAAAAUGUUAAAGUUGAACAACUAAGAGAAGACUGUAACUUCAGUCAGACCCACUUACUCACCAGGACAAUGUUCCACCAAUGCACCCCUCAUUCUGGUUAAUGCCAAAAUGUAUCCCGCAAACCACUCUUCAGCAGAAAUUGAUUUGGUAACUAGUUUAUCUUGCAGCUGCAGUUCCAUGUAUCGCACAGAAUCAGUAGAAGAGCAGUAUAAAUUGAAGGCAGCCACAUUGUGACUGCUAUCAGUUUAUGCACAUGGCAAUUCAUAAUUUUAUGGCCCCGGUUGUGUGUAAUAUUAGGCAGAGGUGGUACAGGGCAUUUGACAAGUGUGAGAUUCUUCCCACUUAUGCCUGUUGUAUACAGGCGCUAAACUUGCACAAAAAUUGGACAAAAUUGACACAUCAAAGAAGGAAGUUAAAAAACCUUCCUUUGCAGUGUCUAGCUCAGGUAGGCUAGGUGAUACUGCUUAGACUGAUCUUUUGUUAGAAAAUGAAUAUUGUAUGGCUGCAAAUUUCUACCAGACAGGCUGUAUAUUUUAUAAAUGCUGCUCUUCAGCUGCCGUAUAGUUAUAAAAGAUUCCUAUCAUGGUACACUUACAUUACGUUCAAAUGAAAUACCAUAACAAUUCAACUACAUAUUAUCCUGGCAGAAUAUAAUAGAAAAAUGGCAAUACAGUGUUGGCAUACUAGCAGGAGAGUGCUUCUCAUGAUCUCCCUCAAAGUAUCUACUGCACAUGAGCUGUAAUUGCUUAUAAAUCUAGUGAGAGCAUCUCAUGCUUUUCCAUGUAUAGGCAUAUAGGAAAGGAGUGACAGAUGGCACUGAAAUAGGGAGUUGGUUACAUUAGUAAAACACCUGCAAACCCUGGAUCAUGUUUGCUGGGACUGUA